UUCUGAGUACACCGUUUCGUCGAAGCGUUAACCGUCUGUUUGGUUUUAUCAAUGUAUAGUUUGGACGCUCAAUGUUUGCACAAGUUUUAAGCACCAUUAAGUGUAUUCUGAAGCCUUAAGUUAAAUAUGGCUAAAGCAACGCGACAAAUGCGUCAAAAUGAGGAACAUUACGUUGCCAAGAUGAACUUCCGAAGUGAGAAGAUUCUACAAAGUCAAAUUGAGCGCUUGAACAGAGAGAAAUUACUGCAAGUGAAGAGUGUAAACGCUCAAAUGAGGACAUACGAGAGAAAAUUACAGAAGAUUAACGAAAGAGCUGCCGAGGUGGAAAAACUUUCGCAGAACAUAGAUCCGUCUCAGCGUCUUUCAACGAGAGACCACUUCAACAAACUGAGCAACGAUGCCGUAAGGCAAAGACACUUUUCUACAGGUGUGGGUUAUUCGUACAUUGAUCAGCUGUUAGGAGCAUCAAAACCACUCGUCAAUAGACCGAUAAGAUGGGGAAUAAACCCAUCUUUACCAAGUCUUGAACAACAAACUGCUAAACCGAUUACUGUCGAGUCAGAUGCUGUCUUAGCGAAAGCAUUUAUGACGGAGAUUAAAGGUCAUCCUAUUUAUCUUCGACCGAGGGAAGCUGCGUACAUGAAAAAACAAAAGUCGGUUCCAUCUGCUUUAAUUCUGCCUCCCCUUCCAUUAAAACCCUGCGGGAAAAAGACUAUGGAACAACAGUCAAUAGAACAACGCAGAAAACCGCGAGAUUACGAAUUACAGGAAAAAGCUGAAAACAUUGCUUCGCUUGAUAAUCAAGACGCAAAUUCACAACUUUCUCCAAUCCUUGAAAACGAAAUUGAUGCAGAUAUUUCUGAAAUGAAACGAUGUGAUAGUAAAUUAGCUCCGGACGAAAAUGAACCAAUCGAUCACAUUUCCAGUACUGAAGGAAUGACGAAAGCAAAAGGAUCCCUUACAAUGGAGAAACCUGAGAUUGUUAUAGAGAGCAACGAGGCUUUGUCUUUGGAUAAGGAAAUAGCGAGCGAUGUUAGCAGUUCAUCUUCACUGCGUGGACAUUUUAUCACGGAAUACGAAUUCCCAUCCCAUCAAAGAGCUGAUCAUUUUACCAGAAGCACUGAGACGUUGAAUGUUCAAACAGGUGAAAUUACAAAACCUCACAACGAAAACGAACCAAGCUCUUUCAAGUACCAACUACACUCCCGCAGAUUUUCAUUAUGAGCAACAACUUGUAACAAAGAAACACAUUUUAUGUGUAAGACAUUUAAAAUUUUAAUCGCUGUUUGAGAAUCUAUUAAAUAUUUUCUCCCAUGACAUUCAAAUGUUAAGUUUAUAGCGAAUUGUAGUAAGAUAUUUUCUACCACAUCGUGAAAAAGUUACAAAACCGUGAUGAAUCCUCCCGUGGUCUCGGAAAUAAAAUAAACAAAAGACUUGAAUCUUAUAUUGAUAGCAAUAGCUCAGUUAUUUAAUAAUAUAAAACGCCUCAAAGAUUUUUAGUCAUGCAGAGGCAAAGAUAAGUCAUGGCAGAGUACCUAUACCUGUUCAGCAGGUUUUCGCGCGUGGACUGGGCGCGCGUAAAUCGAUUUCAUUCCACGUAGUGUCUCAUUUUUUCUUGAUCGGGUAGAUCGAUACUGAUAGAUGACGAUCUCAGCGAGCAAGUAUAUGCUUAUCUAAUUUAAAUAAAGACUCCACGCA